AUGGGGCCCCCUGGGCAAUAGGGGAUCAUGAGGCCCCUAUGUCCUUGCCUAAGCUCAAAAAAGCCUCCAUCUAACAUGGUACUUUAUGGUAAAAGUAACCAUUAUGCUUUACGUAAUGAUAAAUGAUCUUGGAGAGCACAGUUAAGGGAAGGUGGUUAUAUUGUGUACAGGGGCGGACUGACAACUCAUGGGGCCCCCGGGCAAUAGGGUAUCAAGGGGCCCCUGUGUCCUUGCCCAAACUCAAAAAAGCCUAUGAAAAAGGUACCUGGGGCAUCUCAUGGGGCCCUCUACUGACCCUGGGCCCUUGGGCAGUGCCCGAGUUUCCAAAUGGUCAGUCCGCCCCU